UAUCGCAUAAGCUGUAUCAACAGCUUAUAUCAAACCUUAAGCCAAACACCCUGUCACUAGUCCAGGAGAGAGAGUGAACGUCUGGACCGGUUUUCUUUGCAAUGGAGGUGCAAGAUUCACGAAACACGGCCGGGAAGCCAAUCCGAUGCAGAGCGGCGAUUAGUCGAGCACCUGGAGAGCCACUGGUGAUAGAGGAGGUGAUUGUGGCCCCUCCGAAGCGUUACGAGGUUCGGGUUCGAAUCAUAUGCUCCUCUCUCUGUCACAGCGACAUCACUUUCAUGAAACUCAAGGAUCCUCCCGGAUACUUUCCAAGAAUUAUGGGUCACGAAUCUGUCGGGAUUGUGGAGAGUGUUGGGGAGGAUGUAGAUGAGGUGACUGAAGGUGACCUUGUCAUCCCGUCCUACAUGGCAGAUUGUGGAAAAUGUACUGAUUGCAAAUCCAAGAAGAGCAACCUGUGUUCAAACUUACCUUUCUCAGUCUCUCCUUGGAUGCAUAGAGAGGAGACAAGCAGGUUCACCGAUCUUAAAGGGGAGACUUUAUACCAUUUCUUAUUCAUUUCAAGUUUUAGUGAGUACACAGUGAUAGAUGUUGCCCAUUUGGUAAAAGUUGACAAUGCAACCCCGCCAGAUAGGGCAUGCCUCCUCAGUUGUGGAGUGUCAACAGGGGUAGGUGCUGCUUGGAGAACAGCAAAUGUGGAACCGGGAUCAACUGUCACAAUAUUUGGGCUGGGUGCAAUUGGAUUAGCGGUUGCAGAGGGAGCCAGACUAUGUGGAGCAAGUAGAAUUAUUGGUGUCGAUGUGAACCCUGCAAAAUUUGAACUUGGGAAAAAGUUUGGAUUAACUGACUUUGUGAACCCUGCAAACUGCACGGACCAACCUGUGAGCGAGCUCAUAAAGAAUAUGACUGGUGGAGGUGCAGACUAUUGCUUUGAAUGUGUUGGUUUGGCAUCCUUGGUGCAUGAAGCAUAUGCUUGCUGCCGAAAGGGUUGGGGAAAGACAGUUGUAAUUGGAGUGGACAAGCCAGGAGCAAAGUUGAGCUUCAGUUCUUUUGAGGUCCUUCACGGUGGGAAGCAGAUCAUGGGCUCGCUUUUUGGAGGUCUAAAAGCUAAAUCUGAUAUUCCAGUCCUUCUCAAAUGGUAUAUGGACAAGGAAUUGCGGCUGGAUGAAUUUGUCACACAUGAGGUGACCUUUGAAGACAUCAAUAAAGCUAUUGAUUUACUUAUGGAAGGAAAGUCUCUCCGGUGCGUGAUUUGGAUGAAGAAAUGAAUAACUUCCUCUCUUGUUAUCUGUUUAUGUUUUCCCUAGAGACAACUUAUUGUGGGCUUAACUGUGACUCCAAAACAUAUGACUUUUGGUGUUUGGCUAGAUUUUUUCAUUUUGGUUGAUUUUUAGUUUUAGAUUUCUGAAGCAAAGAGCCUCCUAUCUGCUUCUUUCUUUGUGCUGAGAUCAUUGUUUGUAACACGGUAAAAUCAUGAUAUUUUGCGAUCUUUCGGUUGCAACUGGUUAUAGUAACAGAACAAAGCAAAGAGAGGCUUUUGGGUAAUAAAA